AUGCAAAACAUCCUCUACCUCCAGGCCGAGAUAUAUGGGCUGCGAGAAGACCUGCGGAAAAUCGAGGCCCAGACCCAAAAUGCCUCGUCGGAUGAUUUGAACGACUUCGCUCUGGACUGGUUCACGUUGGCCAGCACUCAAGACGAAAAUGGCAGAGUGAAUCAACAAUGGCAGAAAUUCCUGCAGCUGCGGCUACUGUUGAAGGAAUACAAUGAAGCAGUGAUACAGUACCACCAGAUGUCAGAAAUGCCGAAACCCAGCACCAACGACUUGGCAGGGUUGCAAGAAUGGCUGCGAAGGCCAAGUUUAGGAGCCGUCUAUCUCACGGGUCGGGAUCGAGAGGUGUGGUCUCAAGGGACGGACCUCGUCGCCAUCGCAGACAGGCCACGCUCGAACCGAUUAAGGAGUUGGAUUGCAGAUUACCUGGUCCCAGCGCUACACCGAAUAGGACGACAUCUUAGGACAAUUCGUGGCGGCAACUCCGAGUUUGGCACCAAUUUUGCAGAAUAUUCCGACACAGCCAUCACCCAAGCAGCGAAUCUGUUGGGGACAGUGCUUGCCUCGCUCUUGCCUGUUGUUGCCAUCAUCGUGCUUUACCUGAUAGAAGGAAUGGGCAUCCGUCUGGGACUGGUUGCCGUCUUCAGUGCGCUUUUCUCAACGUGUCUGUGGUUUUUGAACGAUGGGAGAUUGAUUGAAGUGUUUUCAGCAACUUCUGCGUUUGCAGCGGUGCAGGUUGUCUUUAUUAGUGUGAGUGGACAAUAG